CAUGUGCGGCUUAGAUGCCGGAGCCGGGAAGGGGGCAGCCUGACAGGCCGCGGCCGCAGCCUGAAGCUGGGGGUAGCGAGGGCCCGCAAGGCUUGGAGCGGGUGCUCCUGACCAUCUAUCUCACCCAUUUACUUUACGUUUACUACCUGGUUUUCAUAUUUUACUUGGCUUGAUUUGAUCUUGAGUAAUGACGGACCAGUCCGCUCUACUCCUCAGGAAACAGCUGGCAGCAGUGAGAGUUGAUGGUAAGCAUUCGGUCGGCAUUAAAAUACUGCAAUAUACGUCAAGGCAUGUUUUCGUUCGAUUCCUUCUAUUACCACGAACUGCAGUGGGUAAUAUGCUGGAAUGAACUAAAUAAGAAUCCAGUGGAUGGAUUUUCUGCUGGACUAAUAGAUGAUGAUGACAUAUACAGAUGGGAGGUAGUCAUCAUUGGCCCGCCAGAUACUCUUUUUGAGGGUGGAUUCUUCAAAGCUCAUCUGACUUUUCCUAAUGAUUACCCUUUGCGGCCUCCAAAGAUGAAUUUCAUCACAGAAAUAUGGCAUCCAAAUGUUGCCAAGAAUGGUGAUGUGUGCAUUUCAAUUCUGCAUGAGCCAGGUGAGGAUAAAUUUGGUUAUGAGAAACCUGAGGAGCGUUGGCUGCCCAUUCACACUGUAGAGACAAUUCUCAUCAGUGUCAUCUCUAUGCUAGCUGAUCCCAACAGUGACUCGCCCGCUAAUGUUGAUGCUGCAAAAGAAUGGCGAGAUGAUCCUAAUGGUGAAUUUAAGAGGAAAGUUGCUCGGUGUGUAAGAAAAAGCCAAGAAAUGGCAUUUGAGUAAAUUUUUCCUCCAAUUUUGUGGGGUAGCUGAAACAAGAACUUUGCCUUUACCUGUUCUUACUGGUCACUGGCCAUAACAUCAAUGCAGCCUGCAGCUAAGAAUUCCAUGCUGUAGAGCUUGGAUAGACGAGAAUUCCUCUUCUAGAGAGAGAUGCUCAUUGCUAAGAGCUCUUGAAAGAAAUGUGGCUUUCCGUUUAAUGCAACAAAAAAAAAGUUCAAAUUACCUUAAGUUUCAUCUCAGUUAUUUUCAAAUCGUGCCGUGAAUUAUGUUUAUUUAUUUGAAAGAAAUCAGACUGCUUAUGAAAGUGUCGUGUUAAACAAGGCUUACUUUUGUAUUUCUGAAAGUUGCUGCUCUGCCUAAAGCAAAUAUAAUCUAUAUACUUUGGGAAUGGUUUGUGACAAACUAGUUCACCGAAUCAUUUACAGUAAUGUAGCAUGUAACUUUUUUGAUUUUUUUUUUAGUUUAACAAUUUUAAAAAAUAAUUCAGGUACAGUACAGUAAUAGUAUUCAAGGCUCAGUGGGAAAAGAAAAGGGAUGGUUAAAAAUGCCUUCCCUGAUUUUCCUUUUAAGCCAGUUUUGGUGCUGUAGCAAUUUCAGGAAAUACAAAAACAGUUCUGGUUACUGCAUUUGCCAUUCAUUUGAAAACUGUAUGAUUCAAUGCAAAACUUAUUUUUGAAUAUAUUAUAAGGAGCAGCUAAGAGUUUGGGGUGUUAUUAGCUGUUUUCUUGCUGCAAAGUAUGAAGAUUGUAAAAGUAUUCAGCUUUAAUUUUUAUAAACUAUUUCCACAUUUGAUCUGAGCCUAAUAAACCGAAUUUAUUUUAGAAUCUGGCUGAUUGUGUAACUAAUAGUUCUGUCUGUCAUAGUCAUAAAAUUACUAAUGUAACAUGACAGACAAAACAAAAGGCAUAUGUUAGUUAUACAAGCUAAAUAAUGAAAUUUCAAAUCAAAUAAUUUUCUUAAAUUCAAAUUAAUUUAUCCUCCUUAGUUUAAAAAAUUGAAUCCUUCAAAACACUGGCUCUUAUUUUCUUUCAGAAACUUGAACUAAAAAUUGUUCACUUAUUUCUUAAAAACUGAUUGCUGUUGCAACUAUAAUAUUAGCCAGAAAUGGCAUUGUCUUGGUUUUCAGUAGAGCAUCAGCUUGGUAACAAAGCAAAAGGUUGUGGAUUCAAGCCCUAUUCUUGGAUUUGUGGCUAGAUAAUCUUGGCUACGAUUUCAGUCCACUACCAAGACAAUACUAUAUUAGCAAAAGGACUUUCCUUUAGAUGUAACAUUAAACCGAGAAUCCAUUUACCCAUUUCACUGGUUCAGUUGGAUGUUUUAAGACCAUGACAUUUGGAAUAAAGCAUUUUGAUGGUCAAGUCAAUGCUUCUCUGAACCAACACCACUGCAGCAGAUUGACCAGCUAAUCAGCUCGUUGCCAUUUGAGAUCUUGCUUAUGCAAAAUAAGCUGCCAUAUUUGCAUUCAUAACUAUUUCAAAGAACUUUGUUUCGUGUGAAGUACUUUGGGACAUUUGAGACAUGGCACAGCACAAUAUCAAUGCCAGUUCAUUCAUUCUUUGCUUUUUCAGGUACUGACAGUUUUGUUUCUUUCAAUUAACGUUUUUGGCUCUUGUUAAUUAUCAUCACUUCCACCCUUUGUCCAGUGAUAUUUUUACUCUGAAAGCUCUUCCAUUAACAAAUAUUUAUUUUACCCUUGAUAAUUGUUCAGGCAAGAAAUUGUCUAGUGCUUUUCUUGCAACUUACACUCUUACACUUCUUGGUAGGAUAGCAUCCAGUAUUAUUCUGUUGUAGAUUUUUUUUGCCUUUUGUUAUUUUGUUACUAUGCUCAGUACAGCUCUGAGCUGGUUACUCAUUUCUUAUAAAUUACAUAUAUGCAAUAUUCCACUUUUUCUGUAUAGCAAUGUGUAACUGUUAUAAAUCAUGACAUUUUUCAAAUGUGAACAAAUAGUUAGAAUCUGUGGGACAGGAUAAAUGAGAAUGAAUGAGUUGUUUAAACAGCUGAACUAUAACAAAAGUAAACUGAAUCCCAAAAAUCCAAAAGGGCAGAAACUGCCAGAACUACAUCACAUCCGCCAGCUUCUGAAGAGAUGAUAGUUCACCAUUUCCAUUCAAGUUUACAACAUAGAAUAGGUUAUUCAGUCCAUCAUGUAUGUGGUGGAUCUUUGCCGAAGCAAUACAAAACUAAUCUCAAUGUCCUACUCUUUCCUAAUUGUUCUAUAUUUUCUUUUUCUUUUCAGCUUAACAGAAAAUUAUUAAAGUUAUAUAAUAGUCCCUGCCUUAAAGACUGACAAAACAUUUCACGCUUUAACAACCCACUGCAUGAAGAAAUGUUGUUUCCUCAGUGACAAUAUUAAAUUUAUAUUCCCUUUUCUGUUUUUCAAAUGCAGAACCCUUCAUAAUUUUAAAACCUCAAAUCUCUGCGCAAUGGAAUGAGCGAUAUCUCAAGCCUCGAUAACUACUUUCAUCGCAGACAUCAUUCUGGUGAAUCUACAUUAUAUAUGCUCUAUCGCUUUGCCAGCUUGUGGUGUCCAAAACGGCACACAGCACUCUUAACUGUGGCCUGACCAAUGUUUGUACAGAUUUACAAUACUUCUUCCUCUCGUACUCUUUGCCCCAUCAUAAAAUUCAAAAUGCAGUUAUCCUAGUUCACAACUGUUUCUACCUAGACUUAAACUUUCAGCUUAUUGAAUUGGAAUUCCAGGAUCUCUACUCAUCCAUGCUACUGAAUGAAUUCCUGUUCCUUGUUUCACUUCCCUGUGGAUAUCAUCUCUCUCGUCCUUUUUAAAUUGCUUCUGGCAAUGUCAGCCAUUCUGGAGUCUUUUAUAAUUCUCCUCCUUGCUGAAGACACAAAAGUAAAGAUUGUGUUUCAUAUGACCAAGUCUAAAUCAUCCCUAUAUAUUAAAGAACAAACAUGUACCCAGAAGUGAUCACUGGAAUCCAAGCAACACUCAUUUAACACAGCUUGGUUUCCUAUCCAACAGCCAUUCCAUACUACUUACUACAUUUUCUCUUGUACUAUACGUCUGAAUUUUUUUCAAACAAGCCUCUUCUCACAUUCUGAAAAUCCAUAUGCACUGCUCCUACUAUAUUUUCUUCAUCCGGUCAUCUCUUCAAAAAAAGAGUCAAACAUGACUUACCUUUACCAAAUCCAUGUUGUCUGUUCUUGAUCAACACAUGCAUUUCUAAAUGCUAAAUGUAAGAGGUUACCCACAACUAACAUUACUGUCCAUUUACAUGGUUUAUCUUUCUUGAACAAACAUUGGGUACUUUUCAGUCCCAUGGUACAAUUUACAUGAGAACCUAGUAACAUUUCCACUUUAAGUUUAUCUCAUCUUCUUUACAACCAGUUCCAUCCCCUUCUCUACAUUCUCACUUCUACCACCAUUUGAAAUAACUGAUACAAAAUAUUUAAUAUCCCUCUCCUACAUAGCUACAUUCUACACAACUAAACUCUCUCCUUCAUCACCAAGGCUUCCCAGGUGAAGACUUCUUUCAAAACUGGAAACUGGGGUCUCCUUCUAGAGGGAAGGUUAACAUGGGUAAAAGACAUUAAUUAGAACAAGCUGGUGAUACAAAAUAUUCUCAAUGUGAAAAAAAAGCUUCAAAGUGAAAUGGUCAAAUUGUGCGUUUGUAAAGCAUGUUAGUACUGAGAGUAUUGGUAUCACCAGACAAACCAAAUCAUUACAGAUCUGAAAGGUUACAAAAUACCUUAAGCGCCUGAAUUAUACCAAUGGUUUCUAUCUAUUCUAACUUAAUUCAUCUCCUGGCAGCUAGUUUCUAAUUUUUUUUUAGUACACAAACUUACAGCAAAGUGUUUGUCCCACAGGUAACAACUUGCAUAUUAUACUGGGAAUUUGUCUGGGAGAACUACAGGUACAAAACCAAUCUGAGGCAUAGAUGACUGGAUUAGCAACAAUCUCAGUGAACUCUUCUGCAUCCCUGCUUCUCCCCAGUGGUAGUCACAGUGCCUUUAGCUGCUUAAAUCCCACUGUCUGGAAUUUCCUUCCUAAACCCUUCCAUCUCUCUCAAAAUCCUCCUCAAAGCCCACUUCUUUAAGGUUUUGAAUCAAUUCUCUGACUUCGUUUACAUUUUCCUUAUACAAAUGAACACCUUGGGACAUUUCCUACAUCAAAAUGCAAGUGUUUCAUUGUAAUCCUUUCUGAGCAGAGGAAUAAGAUUUUCUGACCUCCAGGAUGAUUGUACUUAUUGUGUGAUUCCAAAACAGAAGGUACUCUUAGUUCUUAAGUCUUAAAGAUUAUAAAACCAGCGCUAUUUUUUUUUUGAAAAAAGCAUUUACAUGCAGCAAACCUAUUUGCAAUAAUCAAGUGUAAGUGACAACUGAUAUUACUCUGAACACUCAUACAUGUAACCUUAUGAAAUUUACUCAGCUGGAUAAUGAGGAAUAAAGCUUGUUGCAAUGA